AUGCCGUCAAAAGAGUCCAAAUUGAGGAAUUUAGGAAAAGUUCGCUCAGAAUAUGUAGUUCUCUAUUAUAACUCAUGGCCUGAAAGCAAACACCUCUACAUUCAGAUGGAGUUCUGUUUACAGAAUUUAAGGAAUAUUCUUGAAGUGAAACCACAAGUGUUUGGCCGACAAUUAGGGCAACCCAUGGAUUGCAUCGAAUAUUUCAUUUCUUGUGAAAUAUUGCGACAAAUCUUAGAAAGUGUUCAGUAUUUGCAUGAAUUGAAUCCACAGAUCAUUCACAGAGACCUCAAACCAGAAAACAUAUUAAUCCCCGAAAAUGUAAGGAACGGUAGAUUUGUAAAGUUACGUGACUUUGGUUUGGCUGUCGAGCACCGGACAGAAACUAAACAGAGUCACACCACAAAUGUGGGAACCGCUAAAUAUAUGGCCCCAGAAUUGUAUCAAUCAAAGUAUACCACAAGAUCUGACAUUUAUAGUUUGGGUAUUAUGUCGAUGGAAUUGUUUGAUAUAUUCUUAGAGUAA